AUGAGUAGGGAUGACGACGAGGUACAGCGUCGACGUGGACGUGCACGACCUCGUUCCCGUGCACCCACUUCGAUUGCCAGUAUGUAUUCACCUGUAGAUUGUUCUUCCAGUAGUAAUAGCAACACGAGUAGCCGCCAGACGUCGUCCAAGAUGAAAAUGGCAUCGCUUAUGGCCGUCGUAGAUGACGCGACUGAGAGCAAAAACAAGAGAGUGAAGGUUAAUGAAAAUGAAGGUUGGGAGAUUAGAAAUGUACCGAUUAGUAUUAGUCAACUUACUACAAGUAACGAACUAUUGGACGAGCAGACAACACCUACGUCGUUGUUUCAGAAUGAGAUGCCUACGAUAAUUCAGAGCUUUCGUGAAGAGAGACGACGCGAUGAUGUUUUGGCUCAUGCUACGGUCAACAAUGGAGAGAGCAAGAUUAGAACUAUUAAUGGUGAUGCAAGUCCAGCAGCAGCUAUGCGCUCUGUGUAUGACUUUUACUUCCCUUCCGGACGGACAGAAGCGCAUAGCAAAUUUUCUACUGCUGUCAAUCGAUCAUUGAAAAGGAAAAGGCGAAGUGGACGACGAGCAGGCGAAUUGGUAGCAAAGGAACUGGAUCUGCUGAGAUUUGGAGUUGACGCGGCUAAGCUCGUGCCACAGGGACUUGUCGACCGCGUGGACGUUCAUAUGAGCCGCGCGGUGCUGGUCAAAGUGGUGAACAAUCAUGUCAUUAAUUGGUGCAACCGUUCGGGCUUUGAUCCGAACUUUUUGCAGGAAAUUACGACGCUGUUAGCGGCGUACUAUCCGUGUACUUACCCGACACUGCUAGAUGAAGUGCUGGCGGGGUUCUUGCUACAAAGACCCGAGUUUGUUGACUUAUUGCUGCCUGCAAUGCUCAAGAAAAUGAGCAAGGCUGGCGAUUCCGUCUCGACAACCAAGUAUCCGGUUGUAGACGCCUUGGUGCGCAUGUGCAGCGUGAAGAUGGGACCAGACGGGAGAGGUUGCCAAGAUCUAGUGUGCAGAUCGCUGUUGCGCUGUCUGCUAGAGCACAAUGGUGAUAGGUUCGUUCUCAGUCCGUGGAUUGCAGCGUGUGCGAUCGAGUCUAGUGACAGUGUCCUACAAAACUUAUGGCGAGUACUGCUGUAUCGUACGUUGAUUGGUGAAGAAAAGGCGUUGCAAGAGGAGGAUGACAUGGACUGGCGAAUUGGAGGCCCCGCACAGCAGAUUGCGGAACUGCUUGUGGAAGAAGGUAAGCUGCGCGUGUGCCGGCUUUCGUGCGGAUUUGUGAAGCUACUCUUUGUCGAAGAUGGCCUUAAAAACCAGCUUGUGGAGUCACGGUCUUAUCUGAUCCAGGACUGCCUAGAGCGAGCGUUCAAGUAUGCUAGCACAAGCUGGAGCUCGUCGCUAAUGGCAGAUUGGCUGGAACGACGACGAAAACAACAACAACAAGACGGAGCAUGUGUUGCUGUAUCGCUUAACGAUCUGAUGGACUUCUUAGUUCGCUUUACAUCGAAGUUGAGUAUGAAAAAGCCAGAAUGGUUUGUCAAACACAUUCUGAGCUUCAUUCUGUCUCCUCAAUGUCACGCAGCAGAACAGGAGUUGGCACUGCGCGCAAUCUUGCACAACUAUAUGCCUUUUGUGCUUGGCGGAAUCGACUAUCGGUGGCUCGAACAGACGGGCGCCCGGAACGGUUUUAGUGAAUUGCCAGUUGCCACUGCUAGCGUGCUCACAGAACAUCUCGAUAGAGUUGGAAGCCAAUCUGUUCUGUGUGUGCAAAAGAAGAUAGAGCUCCUUAUUGGCCUCUUGGUUGCUGUUGAUGCUCGCACAAGUGCUCUAUUCCUCGACAUCUGGUCUGAAGCGUGGGCAGAUGAUCGGACAACACUUAGUUGGGGUUACGUUUACGCACUUCUUUGCGUGACCGUCCAAGAUGUAGCUGAGGACGGAAGUAUACUUAUCCAGAAGCUUCAGAGCUUUACGACUCAAGUUUGCCGGUCCUAUUAUCAACGCCUGAGUUGCAAUUUUGACAAAGACGAUAUGCAGGGCGAAGCUGUCAUGAAGUUUUCAAAAUCAUUAAAUCUGCUACUGCCAUCUACGCGUUCAGUUGGCGAUAUGUUGCUGCAAGAGGUUUUAGAAGCUCUCGUGCGCUUUGCAGAACAUCACUUCUUCGCAGCGUCCACACUUUUCGGCAAUGCCGUCAUACUACAUCUCGGAAGUUGUGACGACGGUGGCAUGGACAUUAGCGUGAAGCGAAACGUUGUACAAAAGUCACAUGUAGAAUAUGACCGAUUUGCCAAUUCUGCUACCUCACCCAACUCAUCAACCACGAGCGUUCACGUGCUGACGAGGCUUAUGAAAUUGGCUUCGGUGAAGAAUGAGAUUGGAGAAUUUACUCUGCGUGUACUUUCAAGCGGACGUGUGGUGCGAUUGCUAGCAAGCUUGUUGAAUGCUGGUUGUCGAAGACGGAGACAGGCGUCGCUAUUGGACGUUCUGAACGCCGUGGUCAUGAGUAACACAUCAAUGAAAUUAAACUGCGACUGGGCUCGCCAGAAUGUUGUGCAGGAGCUCGUGCAUUGCGCGUACACGGGCCCAUCCAGUUCAGCGAAAAGAGCAAUCACUGUGCUGCAAAACAUCUUCUGGCACACGUCAGACGGCAUUCAGGCCUUGUUAUGGGUAAUACUUCAGCAGUGUACGACGCUUUGCUGCGGACGCGAGCAAACUCUAAAUUGCAAGAAGUCAGUCUUUUUGUUUGACUACGAGGGAAGAGCUGACACUUUUGCAGAGCUCGUGAAGGCUAUGGUGAUCACAAUGCCCGUCCACAUUGUACGUGACGUAUUGCGUUUCAUGGAACAAAAACUCACGACGUGCUCGGUAGGAAAGACGCGGACGAAUUUGUUUUUGCUGCUGUUGCUCCGAAAGCUUGUCGUCUGUGAGCUUCAGUGUAGCGUACUCUUACCGAUUGUACAGCUCGCGGUUUGCCCGCUGGCCCCGACAGACUUGGUUCAAAUCCGCUUGAUACAGCUGCAGUUGCUAAAGGCAUUGUGCACGCGUUGGAUAGCUAUGCGUCAUCGCUCAAUGAUGACAAAGGUUGUUGAUGUAGAAGCUGAUUGGAAGCAAUGCGAGGAUCUGGUAUGCAACGAACGAUUACAAUCAGACUUACGGUCGCUGGCGAAGGUGCCACCAUCAACUUUUGUCGGCGGGUAUUUCAAGGCCGAGCGAACGACAUGUAAUCGUGCACUCGAGGUGUUGGCUCAGGGCAUUUUGGCUUUUACUCGCCAGCUCAAACAACAGAAGCUCAUAGAUGAAGGCGGGACUAGAAAGACACUAAAGAGAAGCAGAAUAACGUGA